AGAUGCAUUUGCGGGUGUUUGUGAGAAAGGAUGAGAACAAGCAGAUAACGAUAAGUUUUACACUAGCAUCGCCUGAUAAAUGAUGCGAAGCUGUCCUAAUUCUGCUGGACUUCUCUUCGUUUUUGCCACAGCACAGUCCCGGAAAAGGACUGAGGUGGAGGGUCGUGCUCCUGUGCAAAUUGAGGAGGGUGUAACCGCCGUGGCUGUCUCGCUCGACCUUUCCCGAUAUGGAUGGCGCUUUACCGUGCUGAGCAAAGGAUUGUGUUUCUGGCGAUGCAUCGUCGAUAUCAGUGCAAGGUGCUACCUUGAUAAGGUUGUCGACCCACCGGCUUUCUGCGAGAACGACACAUGUGCUAUGAAUAUCCGCAAGGAAGUACCUCAGAGGGCCCCAGGUUUUGCUUUGUUGGCAUGGGAACGGCAAAGCAAAACCUGGGGCCCUCUGUGACCUUGAGGUACGUUUAGGUACGUUUAGUAGCAUUGCAGUGCUGCGACUUUGACGAUUGGUGUGUUACCAGAGCGCUCCGUAGAAGCUGAAUAGCACGGUUGUAGUCGCUCGAGCACUGGGUCUUGUCCGGAUACGAGGCAUGCUCGGUGGCGAGUGACGACCACUUCAAAGACAGGACCACGGUGCGUAAAUAUUCCUCCUUUCGACGUUUCUUCCUUGCUCCGUGCUGUAGAAGGCAUUUGCAGAUCGAAUCACCAUAUCCUGAGCAAGAGUUUCUUCUCGCGACUCUAAAGACAAUGCCAAAAUCGUGGCAAGUAAAUGAGAGUUUGUCUCAUUUGAUC